UUUUAUUUUUUAUUUAUUUCAUUUAUUUGGUUCCGUUCCUGAAACGAAUACCUGUCAAAAUCUUUUAGUGGUAAUUAUUGCAUAUUUAUUUAUUAUUAUUUGUACGUGACUCUGAAAGUUGUCAAGCUGAAACAUGUCGAUCCCUCCUGGAGAUUCUACAGAAAACAAGCCAGUUAAUGAAUAUGGAGCAAAGAUGGACCACGUGAAGUAUCUUCAAAUUGGGGCUGAACUGGAGGUAAUAUUACAGAACGAUAUUCGAGGAUGUGAAGCAAAGUUCACAUUAUUCGUGGCUGCUAUCCAAAGUGCUGAUCGUGAAGAAUUGUUAGACCCGAUUCCGCCAAUGUUUAUGAACGCUGAUAAUAAAUGUGAUUUUGAUGGACUACUCGAAACUAUCAACGCAACUCCUAAAUUAAAUGUUUUGCUUCGAAAAAUAAAAGGACCCAGGAUUUCAGAAGUUAAUCCACGAGCAAUCCAUUUACUUCAUUGGAUUCUUUGGGAAAAAAGGAUACCCGAAAUUCGAACCAUGAAUGAAAAAGAGUUGCAAAAAGUCAUUACUCUUACUCAACAUUUUGAAGACAAAGUAGAUCCCACAGAUAUCUUUCGAAUUUGUUAUGAUUCCAAUUCACAGGAGGAGAAAACUUUUGAGGCACGAGCAUCGCAAUAUGGACUCAACAAUGGUAUGUGCGGUUAUUCUCUGGAUAAAUAUUAUUCGGUGUUGUAUAAUGGAUUUUUGUAUAACAAACAAAGGAAAGACAAUUCUGAUGCAUCUCUUAUAAUAUCUCAGAAUGUCUCAGUGAGUUUGCAGGAAAGUAAUUUCCAAUUCUGUUGGAAAGGUUCAAGUCUGGGCACUGAACUGAGAUGUGUGGCUUUGUGUCAAUUCAUAUGUCGCUCUGCAUAUUAUCACUUUAUAAGUAAAUGUGAUAAUGCAUGUUUGUCCAUUCUGCUAGGUGAUAUCGUUCGCCCACGUUAUCUCAUGUUCUUUGCUAAACACCCAAUGCCAGUCUCUGCUACUACUGAUGUUUCUUUAAUCGACGAAUUUAAUGGUGCUACCGGCACUAGUACACAAAUCGAAGAUGUAUCAAUUCCAAAGACAUCAGCCAACCGUGAACGAAACUACCUGGUCUUUGGGUUGACAGUUUGUACAUUAGCUAUUGGCGUUUAUGCGUACAAGAAAAACGUUUUUGGGUUUAAAAAUCUUUUGGAUUCUAAUGUCAAGGGAGCAUUUAAUAAAUGCUCAAAUAUUUUUCAUAAAUUUUUUUAAAAAAUAUUA